CCAUUGUGUUUGUCGUUUGUGUUGUGUGUGCGUGCAGUUGCAGUGGUGCACAGUGACUUUGAGUGUUGAGUUCAUUUUGAUUUGUGCUGUUAGCUUACUGACCAAUACUCGGCAUGUUUGAUUUUUAAUAAGUUUUUUUUUUUAUUUGCAAUCAUACUUAAAUCGAAAACAGUCAACAAAAUGUUCAGUUUCUAUUCAUUUUUUAUAGGUUUGUAUUUUCUUUGUAUUGCAAACUGUUGUUCCGGACUUUUUCACAUAUACCCGAAGAUAAAUGAUUACCCAAUUCAAGGUGGGUUUGGGGAUGAUCCCGGACUCCCCCUCAUCCUAACUCCACUCAUAAAAGCAAAAAAAAUUCAAGAAGCUCGUGUGGCAUGCAAAAUGACACCAAUGAAAAGCAACAUUUCUAGUUAUGCAGGAUUUUUUACUGUUGAUCCAGCUUAUAAUUCAAAUAUGUUUUUUUGGUUUUUUCCUGCUUACCAGAAUAAUGCUUCUGCUCCAGUUAUACUUUGGCUUCAAGGUGGUCCAGGUGCGACAUCACUGUAUGGACUCUUUGCCGAACAUGGACCAUUUUCAGUGAAAAGGAAACAUGGACUCAAGCUGCGCGAAUAUACUUGGACUCACGAUCAUAAUGUGAUCUAUAUUGAUAAUCCUGUGGGUACUGGAUUUAGUUUUACAAAUGCCGAUGGCUAUGUUAAAAACGAGGCUGAAGUUGGUAAGCAUCUCUAUUCAGCUUUAUAUCAGUUUUUUACACUUUUCCCAGAAUACCAAAAGAAUGACUUUUUUGUCACAGGGGAAUCUUAUGCUGGGAAGUAUGUACCAUCUACUGCUUACGCAAUUCACAAUCUAAAUAAACAAGCGGAAAUCAAAAUAAAUCUUAAAGGAGUGGCUAUUGGCAAUGGUUUAUGUGACCCCGAACACAUGAUGCAGUAUGGUAACUAUUUGUACCAGAUCGGAUUGCUUGAUAGCAAUGGUAGAAAUUUGUUUCUUAAAAAAGAACAAGAGAUUGUAAAAAGCAUUCAGCAAAAGAAUUGGAAAUCUGCCUUCAAUCAAUUUGAUGCUCUGUUAAACGGCGAUCUCACCAAUGGAACAUCAAUUUUCAAAACUUUGACUGGUUUUUCAUUUUAUUUCAACUAUCUCUACAAUCAAGACUAUAGCACUUAUGGAGAUAUGGGGAGAUUCCUUUCUAAUGUAAAUAUCAGGAAAAACCUCCAUGUUGGAAAUGCCACCUUUCAUGUUGAAGCUGUUGAUGUUGAAAAAAAUCUUAUCGAAGAUAUCAUGCAAUCUGUAAAACCUACAAUCGAAUUUCUUUUGAAUGCCAAUUACCGGGUGCUUAUAUACAACGGACAGUUGGAUAUAAUUGUUGCUUUUCCUCUGACUGAAAGUUUUGUGGAUGCCUUAAACUGGAAUGGUGCCCAGGAUUAUAAAGUCGCCCAAAGAAAACAAUGGUUUGUUGGAAAAGAACUUGCUGGUUAUUCAAGAGUAGCAAGAAAUUUGAAUGUGGUUCUUGUUAGAAAUGCUGGUCAUAUGGUACCGAUGGACCAACCUAAGUGGAGUGUAGAUUUGAUCUCCAGAUUCACCAGAGGCAAACCCUUUUCAGUAAGUUGAACUGUUAUACGUGCAGAGCUCAUUUUCAUAUUGUAGUUUUAAAAUUUGUAGGUAUACAAACUGUACAUUCCGUACAUAGUUUAAUCUUUUUAUAAGUGCCAUAAAAUUAACUCAUCUUUGGUUUGCAGAAUUUAAAAAUAUUUUUAGCAAUUUUUCAUAAAUGAGAUACCGUACAUUUAUAGUCUUCAUGUAGCCUAACUCACAAAAUCUUAAUGAAACAUAAUUGUAUGAGUAAGGAUUCAAUUUGCAUAUUUCGCUUGAGAUGUGUUUCGAAUUAUUAAUUUUAUUAUUUUUAGACUUAAUUGACAAAAAUUCUUUCUCUAAUAUGUUGGAUUUCUCGUCAAAUUGUAAACUAUUAGGAUGAGUUUUAAUUUGGAGUCUUUAUAUUUUGCAUGAAUUCUAGUUGAACUUCUUAUGUAGCCUAUUCCUGAAUUCAUUAGUUGUAUUUAUUAUUUAGCCUACUCCUGAAUUCAUUAAAUAGGUGUAGUUAUUUGUGAUUAUUGUCUUACAGUUUUUGUUUAUUUUUACAUCCAGUUAGAUUUUUUUUUAGGAAAUGCAAGCUAAAUGUAAUAGGUAACCGUAGCCUAACUGAAAAUAUCUAGGAAAACAUUACAUUUUCCUUCCACUGGAGCAAAAUAUACUUCUCUCCAUAAGUUAUUUCAUUUCUGAAAAGUGGACAAUGUUUUCUGGAGAAAAUAUAUACAUACUUCCUGAUUUUACAUCUUGUGUAUUGUAUUUUUAUUGGAUUUAGAUUAUUGAAAGAUACUUGUCCAUCAUGAUCUGACAAGCAGGUUUACUAUGCCUUAUAUUGAAAUGUUAUCGUUUUCUGUAUUUUUUAUAAACAAAUUAUCUGUGGUUCAUUUGGAAUUUUCAGUUGUUCUAUUUGGAAAUGUAACCAAAUACCUCAUAUUACGGCUUUUUAACAUAUAUUAUAAACAUUUGUGCUUAUCAUAAUUUGUAUAAUCAAUGUUUAUGUCUCCUCCAAUAGGCUGUGUAUUUCUUGUUAAAAAAGUCAAUAAAAGUACCUACUUAAUUUGUCUUAAAAAUGUUAUAAUCAGAACUAAAGGAUCUAUUAAGAAUGUUAAUGUAUAAUUUACAUAUAGGUACUAUCAAACUGUUUUUCUUCUAUUAGUCCAUCUGAAAAAAUUAUGUUUUUGUAUAUUCCAGAUUCAAACAUGUAAAAAAAUUUCUGUAGUUUUAGAAAACCUUUUGGAAAAUAAAAUACAUAUAUUUUGGUAAAAAAUAA